AUGGUUUCCUCCUUUUGUUCUCAGAAGCUUGAAAGAUUCCAAGAACUUGUUCUUUUUCACGCCACGUUCGUGCUUAACUUUACCAUUUUAAACUUGACAUUUUCGAUCGUGGCACUCGUUGGAAACCUCCUUGUCAUUAGUGCAUUGUGGAGAACCUCUUCGAUACCAUCCACAUUGAGGAAGUUGUUUAUCAAUCUUGCUUUCUCCGAUCUUGCCGUAGGGUUGAUUCCACAGUUAACAUUCGGUGUUAUCAACGCAACGAUGCUUAAAAUGGUGGCAAGUGAAAACCACAAUUUCGAUGUCUUUUGCCCCAUUAUUUUCACAUUUCAUCAUUUCUCUGCGUUUCUGCUGGCUUCAGCCUCAUUUUUUACCGUAACCACCAUGGCUUUGGAUCGAUUUCUUGCUAUUUACCUCCAUUUGCGAUAUCAUGAGCUGGUCACAUCCAACCGCGUAACUGCAGUUUUGGCCGUGUUGUGGCUUACAAGUGGUCUUUGCGCUACCGUUUUCAUUACAAUUCUUCGCUAUGCCUAUGUGACUGUGGCUAUUGAGGUGUUCGGACUGCUUGUCUCAACGGCUAUUUUCAUUUAUCUUUCAAGAGUUGUAAAAUAUCAUCAAAAUAUGAUACCAAAGCAAUGUGAGCUGGAAAAAGGCGGAGCAAUGGAGAAGCUUCGAGAAAAGAAGUCGUUUGUCAAUGCUUCAGUUGUUUAUGUUGUUUUUCUUGUUUGCUACGUUCCAAACUUGUGUUGUACAAUUGCGCUGAUGAACGAUGAAUUCCGUUUGUCCUACAGAGUAGCUAAUCAUGUCUCCGUAUUCUUAAUUUUUCUUAAUUCAUCCCUUAAUCCCUUGGUUUAUUGCUGGCGAUAUAAAGAGAUCCGCAAUCAUUUGAAAAGAACUCUGAAAAAGAUCCUACGCAUCAAUUCGACAAUUUAG